AUGAUUGAGAGCCUUAUUUCAUAUAUUUGCGAUUUUGACGAUAGACAGUCUGAUAUUGAAGCAAAAUCUAACUCUCACCAUCAGAAAAAUCCCGAUUGUCCCUUAAUCUUGACCCCUCUGGUACUGUGCAGAGACCUAGCACAGAAUUAAUUUGAAUCAUAUGGAUCUUUGAUAAAUCAAACUAGAAUUAUGAGUAUUUUCAAGCCAAACUCAGGAUACAUGUUCAUCAGCUAUAGCUAUGUCAUUUAGCUCUUUUAGUCAUUGGAUCUAGUAUAUGAAAAGCUCAUUUAAAUGCUCUAUUGA